AUGAUGGCUGGCACGGUUGAAUCGGUCGGCCGGAACUUAGAAGCAUAGGGAUCGAGCUCUCAUAUUCCGUGAUGUGAAGACGCAUGUGCGGCGUUUCUCGGAGGAUUUCGGAGAAAUUUGGGAGGAAAUUGGGGGCAUCGGGCUCAUUGGAACGUAAUCGGUAUCGGUCGGAGCACUGUCGAGGCACUACGAUGGCGAAUCAUAAUUGAUUGUUCACCCUCGUGACCGCGGUCUGCGAAAAUGGUGAAAACUUCAAGCGAAGCGCUCGUUGGGUUGAAGCAGCAGCACUCGAAGCUCCUAGCGCGUUUUUCCUAUUACCGUUGUUGUUUUUGAGGAGUCCGGCUACCUAAUGGCUUCUUCGGCUAUGACCGCCCAUAUUUGUCCGGAAGUCUACAAUCUGCAGGGACUCAAUGGCGUUCAGAGCACUAACGGAGUUUUCAAUGGAGCUAACGACAAAGCUGCUAUCACAACUUUCCUGAAGCCGGUCACCGUCCUGACGAACCUCCAGAGAGGCAACGUUCCUACUCAGACACCGAUGAAUUUGAUUCUGAGAUGUAUCCAUCAACUAGUAGCUCAAGGAGAUAUUCCGAAAGAGCCCUUCGCGGAGUCGCGCAUCGAGCUCUGCGAUAGCGAAGGUCUGACACCUCUGAUGUGGGCUGCGUUCCAUGGUCAGCUGCUUUCCGUCCGAAAACUUCUGCUUCAGAGGGUCAAUGUCAACGCUCAGGGUUUCCAGGGCCAAAGUGCUCUCCUGUUUGCCGCAUGCCGAGGUCAUACGUGCGUUGUGAAGGAACUUGUCGCCCACGGUGCGGAUAUAAAUCACGCCGAUUGCGACGGAUGUACCGCGUUAAUGUACGCAGCGUCUGGGGACCAUGCUGAGACAUGCAAAGAACUCUUGCUCGCGGGAGCGUCGGUUUUCGAUCUGAACGAGUUCAUGGAUACAGCGUACGAUCUCGCCGCUGCCGGACCCAGCGAACACGUUCUCGAAGUUUUUGAGAAUCAUCUCUUCAACCUAUUCGACUGAGGGAAGCCCCUCGGAUCGUGUCCUGGCCUGGUCAAUCGGUGAACGACUUUAUCGCCUAU